CCUUUUUCACUAUUUUUCACCACCGAGAAAUAUCGCUUUCCAACACUUCAAAAUCGCGUCUGUCAUUGGCGCUAGUAAAAUUCCAGUUUUAUUAGUUUUUUUAAUGAAAUAGCGUGUUAAAAUGACUUCCUUGGACGCGGAUACGGUGCUUUUCAGCAUAUUGGCCCUAGUUAUUGUGGAAAAUGCCCUGGAGAUCUUCAUCGCACUGCGGCAGGUGAAAGUGUACCGCACUGCACUAAAGGUGCCAGAGGAGUUGACGCAACACAUGGGCGAGGAGACGUUCCAUAAGGCUAGAAAAUAUGGUUUGGAUCAGGAGAAGUUUGGCAUCUUCAAGGCGAUUGUGGCCGACGUGGGAUUGCUCUGUCUGGAACUAUACAUUGGAUUGAUUGCCGUCAUCUGGAAGCUGUCCAUACAGGUGGUCGACAAAUUAAACUGGGACUCUUCGAACGAGAUCAUCGUUAGCUGCGUCUUUGUUCUGAUCUCGAAUGUGCUGAGCACAUUCAAGUCGCUACCCUUUAAGAUUUACAAGAUUUUUGUGCUGGAAGAGACUCACGGGUUCAACAAGCAGACGGCUGGAUUUUUCAUCUGGGAUCAGAUAAAAAGCUUUCUCGUCACCCAGGUUCUGAUGAUUCCCAUCACAGCAGCAAUUAUCUUUAUUGUUCAGCGGGGCGGUGACAACUUUUUCAUCUGGUUGUGGAUCUUUACUGGAAUUAUUUCGUUGGUGUUGCUCACGAUCUACCCUAUAUUUAUUGCACCAUUGUUUGACAAAUACACACCCUUGGAAAAGGGACCGUUGCGCCAGUCCAUCGAGGAUUUGGCCGCCUCUUUGAAGUUCCCACUCACCAAAUUGUUUGUGGUGGAGGGAUCCAAGCGAUCCUCCCAUAGCAAUGCCUACUUCUAUGGCCUGUGGAACUCUAAGCGAAUCGUGCUGUUCGAUACCCUGUUGUUGAACAAAGGAAAAUCUGACGAAUCGGAGCUAUCGGACGAUGAAAAGGGCAAGGGAUGCACGGAUGAAGAGGUGCUUGCUGUUUUGGGACACGAACUGGGCCACUGGAAACUGGGACACGUCACCAAGAACAUUAUUAUUAUGCAGAUCCACCUUUUCCUUAUGUUUCUAGUAUUUGGUAAUGUGUUCAAGUACCCACCUUUCUAUGUCGCUAUGGGAUUCCAGCCUGGAACCCGACCUAUUCUAGUGGGUCUAUUGAUUGUCUUCACAUAUGUCUUGGCACCGUACAACGCACUUAUGAAUUUCGCUAUGACCAUUUUGUCGCGACGAUUUGAGUAUCAGGCCGAUGAGUUCGCGUUUCAGCUGGGAUUCGCUGAGCAAUUGGGUCAGGCCCUUAUCAAGCUGAAUGUGGACAAUCUUGGCUUCCCCGUCUAUGAUUGGCUUUACUCAACUUGGAACCAUUCGCAUCCUACUUUGCUGCAGCGAAUGGGACGCCUGCAGGAGCUUAAGGCAAGCAAGAAAUUGAACUAGAUAGCACACAUCACACCAGACCAAAGUUUAUAAUGUACCCUUGUUUUACGUACAAUUAAUAAAGGUGGGGGACUAUCCCCAACGCAAUUUGUCAUGUUUUUACCAUA